CCUGCCCUCCAUAUACACGGACGGACUAGAGCGUGUGUGCCGGUAAAUUGCCGUCGUCUAAAUCGUCUGUGAUCCCUUGUAUCGGAUAUAUGCAGUUGUCAAGCUUCCCUCUUUCUAUUUGUGUGCCUCUAAGUUGCCAUCAAAAUAAGUCAUGGCAUCACUGGGGGGCAGCAGCAGUUCUUCAGGCACGGAAUUCAUUGUGCGAGUCCCUAAGAAUACUAGCAAGAAAUACAACAUAAUGUCUUUUAACGCCGGGGAUAAAGUCAACUGUUCAACAUGGACACAGGCUCGCAUGGAGAGAGACAUGAGUGGUCGCAAGAUCUACGGUGAAGAAGAGACGCCGGAAGGUGCAGCUGGCAGCGAGUUUGGCAAAAAGCAGCGCGAGGAGGCGCGCCGGAAGAAAUUUGGCAUUGUGACACGCGAGUUCAAAGUUGAGGACCAGCCUUGGAUUCUUAAAGUCAACGGCAAGGCGGGAAAAAGGUUCAAAGGUCUGAAAAAGGGCGGCGUCACCGAAAAUGCAUCCUACUACAUCUUCACCCAGUGCCCCGAUGGAGCUUUCGAAGCCUUCCCCGUGAACGGCUGGUACAACUUUACCCCCGUGGCCAAACAUCGAACUCUCACGGCGGAGGAGGCUGAAGAGGAGUGGGGCAGGAGGAACAAGGUGGUGAAUCACUUCAGCAUCAUGCUCCAGCGACGUCUCCGUGAGCAAACGCAGGGUGACGAGGAAGAGGAAGAGAGUGAGAAAUCGGCCAAGAAGAAGAAGAAGGGCCGAGGCAACGACCUGCGCAUCCACGAUAUGGAAGACGAUUUUGACGUGAGCAGCGACGAUAGCGACAACAGUAUGGGCGAAGAUGGAGAAGGCAAGACCAAGACAAAGAGCGACGCGGGGAAAGGAAAAUCCAAGAAGAAGCGCAAUGACAAGGAGGCUUUGGAAGACAGCGAUGAUGGCGACUACGAGGGGCUCGAGGUGGAUUACAUGUCGGAUGAAAGCAGCAGUUCGGAUGAAGAGCCAGAAAAAGGAAGGCCCAGCAAAGGAGAAGAUGUCCCGAAAGGGAUUGAUGAGGCCUCAGAAAGCGAGGAAGAGAGCGAAGAGGAGAAACAUAACGAGGAGGAAACUAAAGAAGAGGAAGAGGAUGAGGAAGGGAAGAAGACACCAGCGCAGACAGAAAAGAAGAAGAAAAAAGACAGCAGCGGCGAAUCGGACAGCUCGGACGACAGCGACAUCGAGGGAGAAACGGCCUCUGCUUUGUUUAUGGUGAAGAAGCGCACUCCUCCAAAACGCGCAGGCGGGCGCGGCUCCGCCGGAAGCUCUAGAACCGGCAGCCGGCCGGGUACGCCGUCGAUCGAUCCCGCCGCCACCUCCAACACACUCCGUGCCGCGGCCAGCAAGCUCGAGCAAGGUAAAAGACAGACGCAAGGUCCGGGGACCGACUCGCCGGCCGCUAAAAGGCUCAAGAUGGACCCCAGUGGGCAGAGCCCCGCCCCCUCUGGGAAGAGCACACCUCAACCCCCAUCAGGAAAAUCAACUCCCAGUUCCAGCGACGUCCAGCUGACAGAAGAAGCGGUCCGCCGCUACCUGAUCCGGAAACCCAUGACCACCAAAGACCUGCUGAAGAAGUUCCAAACCAAGCGCACAGGCCUGAGCAGUGAGCAGACCGUCAAUGUGCUGGCGCAGAUUCUGAAACGGCUCAAUCCCGAGCGCAAAAACGUCAACGAUAAAAUGCAUUUUUAUCUCACGGAGUGAACGACAGAAGGGGCUGGAGGAAGGUCAAAGAACCAUUUCGGGAUGUUUUGCUAUUGUGGUGAUGAACAAAAGUAUUGUAUUGAAGGAAAAAAUACUUGACAACUAAGAACUUGAUAAUGGAAUUAGUCUGUUUUCUAAUAAAACUUAAAACAAUGAA